AUGGAAGCUCGCAGAUUUUCUUCCCGUUUUUCUCAUGAGCGAAGAUGCCUUGUAAUCGAGAGGUACCAUGAAUUGAGAAUGCUCAUUCCUGUCCCGAGUAAGGGAGUAGAUAGAGCAACCGUUCUUCAAGAUGGAAUUGAUUACAUCAACGAAUUACGCAGACGAACAAGCGAACUUAAGCAUUUGGUUGAGAGGAAAAAAAGUGGUGUGAGACACAAGAACAAUAAUGAAGAUGUUACUAGGAAGAUACGUCAUCCAUUCGUCAAGAUGACACUUGAUAGUAAUGAUGAUGAAAACAUGGAGAAGAAGCCCGGGAGCGAUGUAACAAUAAAAAACUCGCUGAGGAAAUCAAAAGGAACAGAAGUUUAUGUUAGCAUUGUCGAUGAUGUAGUAACAAUCAAAGUUGUGCAGAAGAAGAAGAUUAACUGUUUGCUGUUUGUCUCCAAAGUUCUUGAUCAGCUUCAUCUCGAUCUUUGCCAUGUCACUGGAGGAAAAUUUGGUGAGCAUUACAGGUUCUUGCUCAAGACCAAGGUUAGUGAUGGAUGA